AAUUUGAGUAAUAAGUAAUAGUCAUUCAUCAUCCUACUCGGCAACUCAUCAGGCUUCAACGUUUCGUAUUUCGUUGUUUACUUAUUUACUUUUGAAUUAACGUUAAGUUGAAAUUUCAAAUUUUUUGAUUUAUAUCUUUACGUUUGUCAAUUCGAUCAUUUUAUUAUUGUUUUAGUGGAUAUACACGCGUUCGAUACAAGUUAGUUACCUAUCAAUAUCGCUUGAUAUUCUAUAAUUUAUAGUUUUUUAAUUGUAUUCACGAUUUCAACAUGACCACGUUAUUAGAACUUUGCCGUAAAUAUUUCAACACUGACAAUCUAUACGAAGUGUUGAAUACGAGAAAGGAUGCUACAGAUAAAGAAGUUCGUAAAGCGUAUUAUGUUUUGUCAAUGAAAUACCAUCCUGACAAAGUAACUGAAAACGAAAAAACUGAAGCUACUGAAAAAUUUAAAGUUAUCAGUCGAAUUCAUGCACUGCUAAAUGAUGCUGACAAGAGAAAGCUUUAUGAUGAUGCUGGAUGUGUUGGUGAUGAUAUUGACCCCAACUCUGCUACAGAAGAUUUCCCUUGGGAAACCUAUUGGAGUUCAAUUUUUAGAAAAAUUACUGACAACGAAAUCAGAGAUUAUGAAUUAAAGUAUAAAGGUUCUGAUGAUGAAAAAAGAGAUCUUAAAAAAGGAUAUUUAGCAGGGAAAGGAGAUAUGGAAUUUAUUAUAAACAUGGUUCCAUUUAGUUCUGUGUAUGAGGAAGAUCGUCUUCGUGAGGUUUUAGGGAAAAUCAUUGAAGAGGAAGAUUUACCAAGAUUUAAAGCAUUUAGCAAUGAACCUCCUUCAAAAAAAAGAAAAAGAUUAGCAAAAGCUAAAAGAGAAGAAGCUCAGUGCACAAUAGAAGUACAAAAUAAGGAAAAAAAUAAUUCUAAUGAUUUAAUGUUAGCUAUUAAAAAGCGAUCAGCUGAACGUGAACAACAAAUGGAUAAUUUUUUUGCUAGAAUGGAGGCUAAAUAUUGCACACCCAAAAAAACCAAAAAAAAUUCUAAAAAGACUUAAUAUUAUUAAAAAUUAUCUAAUUGAUUAUUUUCUGUAUAAAAAUGUGUACAUAUUUUAUCAUAAAAUAUUUUAUGAACAGUGUUCUUUUCUAUAUAAGACCUAUUAAGGAAUUGUAUAUAAAUAAUUAAAUAAUAAUCGUGUAAAUUCUAAAAAGCAGACUUCAAAAAAUUGUAAAUUCAAUGUUACAUAUUUUGUAAUACUAAUAUAUUUUUUUAACGAUUAUAUUAUAUCUAUUUAAAAAUAAGCAAUGCACCAAAAAAUGUAUACAUUUUCUUUUCUUACAGAUGUUAAAAUUCAAACCAGAUUGUUUUUUAUUUUAAGCAUGGAAACAUGUCUUUGAUUAAGAUAAUGUUUUAAAUGGGCCAGGCCAAAACAGUAGUAACAAUAUUAUAUGAUAUACAAUAUAACAACUCUCUCUUUACCAUUGCUAAUAAUAAUAAUACAUGAUAAAUGGUAAUAAUAAAUAAAAUGUUAUAUAGUUGUAUAGUCACUGGAACCUAGAAUCUUAUAUUGGGAGAUAAAUAAAAACCAUUUAAUAAAUUUAC